UGGUGGAUUUGUGGGUUUCCAGAAGAAAGACGAUGAUAUCGCCAUAGAACAAAGAAGACAAAAGAACCAGCAACGCUCCCUUUAAACGCUUAAAGACCUCUCCUUUCAAUAAAAAUCUCACGGAUAAAUAAAUCUUCCAAUACACAGAGAAACAACCCAUCGUCUCUUCAGGAAAAAAGACACAACCUUUCAAAACUGUUGUGUCUUUUUGCAGGCUGUUGUGAAAAGAUAUGAUGUUUCUCCACAGCAGUGUUAGACAUGGAUUGUCAUUGUCUCUUGGUGUCAUCAGUGUUAUCAGCUGGGGAGUAGCUGAGAUACCACAGAUUAUGACCAACUACUUUGAGAAAUCCACUGAAGGUCUCUCUCUUGCCUUCUUAACUACCUGGAUCAUUGGAGAUGUCUUCAAUCUUCUUGGCUGCCUGAUGGAACCAGCUACUCUUCCAACACAGUUCUACAUGGCAUUGUUGUAUACAGUGACUACAUCAGUUCUCUUUGUUCAAUCUAUUUACUACGGCCAUAUCUACCCCCGGUUGAAAAACACAAGAAACCAGUUGGUUGAAGCAGAACGGUUAUCAAACAUAUGCAGUGACGCGAAGAUUCCGAGUAGAUGGAGGAAUAGCUGCUCUGAUGCUACCCCUUGCGGCGGUCAAACUACACCCAUCACUAUGAUUCCUGGGAGUCAUCGGACUAGUUUCACCGGUAGAGAACUAUUCUACACGUCGGCAAGAUCUUUGUCGAGUAGUCAUACACCACCAGCUGGAUCUGUCCUAGCUCAGAGAAUGGCUCGUGGUCAAAGCGAACCAACUCUCGAGGAGCCUUUGCUUCCUGAGGAUAGCACACCUCCUUCUUCAAUGCCUCCUUCCACCAAAUCAUUGCUAUGCGUGGUCUCGGUGUUCAUGUUUCUUGGAACGUUCAACCUCUCUAGUUUGCUUAGUGAACCAAGAACUAUGUCUCUGGGAGAGACUGAUCGAGUAUUUGUCGUUCGAGCAGCAAGAAAGCUUUUGCAGGUCACAAGUGGCAGCAACUUAGGAGAACAUAACGGUGGAGAAAACAGUAAAGUUGGAAUGUGGAUGGGUUGGGCAAUGGCAUUCAUUUACAUGGGUGGAAGGCUUCCCCAAAUAUGUCUCAACAUGAGGAGAGGACAUGUGGAAGGAUUGAAUCCAUUCAUGUUCUUCUUUGCAUUAGUUGGCAAUAUGACUUACGUAGGAAGCAUCCUUGUGGCCAGCGUCGAAUGGUCAAAGAUUGCACCGAAUCUACCAUGGCUUGUUGAUGCAGGAGGAUGUGUUAUUCUCGAUUUUCUUAUUUUGCUUCAGUUCUUCCACUUCCGAUGUCGCAAAGACACAGAUUCUGACAAGAAGUAUGAGACAACAGAAGUUGUCUAAGGCUUUGGCUACUCCCAAAACAUGGAUGGAUGCCUUGAAUAGAGAUACAGUUUUGGAUUCUGAUCUGACCAAUCAAGAUUCAUCUCAUUCUAUUUAAUAUUCUUCUUUCUUUUUACACAUUCAAAAUUUUGUGCUGAGAAACAACUACUUGCUGGUUCUGAGUUUUAAUAAUAUUAGAUGUUCAUGGUUUCAAA